AUGGAGGACGCAAUGGAGUCAGCAACGAAGAAGGCGAGCGCCGAGGCGCCGCAGAGCGAGGCGGCGGCCCCGAGCCCCUCCCUGGCGGACGUCCUCCAAGUCGAGCGGCUGUUCGACUUCGUCCCGCCCUCCACCGCCGUCGAGCUCGCCGCCACCUGCUGGGACGGGCUUGUCGCGGUGCUGCGGUACGGCUGCGGAUACGAGGGCGUGACGGACUGGUGGGCGCACGACGGCUACGACCGCUGGUCCGACGGCAGCAAGCACCGCGCGGCGGUGCGGCGUAUACUCCCCGGCGGGGCAAUGGUGCGCGGGCUGGCGGGUCGCAUGGAGGGGGUGUCGCGGUGCGUGGGGCGGCUGGAGGUGGCGGGGGCGCACUUCCCGGCGGAGGACGCUCGCGCGAUGAGCGAGGCGGCCGACGCGGCGGGCAUGGUGCCGCAGCGGCCUCUCUCAACUUGCCGUGUCGCGUCCGACGGCCCGGACGAGCAGGUGGGGGCGCUGGCGGGCAUGGUGCGGGCCGGAUCGGACAGGCUGCGCGUGGUGAAGGUGUGCGUGUCGAGUCGCGACCGUCCGGGGUCUCUGUUUUUCGCCAAGCCUGGGGGGCUGUUCAACGUCGACCUCUUCUUGGGCGUGCUGGGGGCGCCGGCGGUGUGCGACCAUGUGGAGACGUUCUCGGUCGUCGACGUCGCGGCCGUCGGGGGCGACAUCGAGGGCAUGCUCGCCGUACUGCGCCACACCCGCGCCCUGGAGACUCUGUCCCUGAAGAAUGAGCCUUGUUCACCGGAUGAGAUGUCAUGCAUGAUCCCCGAAGACAUACGUCAGGGGGCGCGGCUUGGGCAGGUGGUCGCGAAGCUCAUCCGGAGCUGCGCACCGCUGCGCGAGAUCGAGCUGUCCCAUCUCGGGAUCUCGUCGUUCGGCGCGGCGAUUGCCAGAGCGAUUGCGGCACGGACUGGUGGCGGAGGCGGCGUGCUCGAGACGCUGCGCGUCGGCCCCGGCACGAGCGACUCCGAGUUCGCGACAACGAUGCAGGACAUCGACCUGGGGUCCCUCUCGACGCUCGACCUCCGCUUGAUGCGCCUGCGCGGCCCUGCGCUCCACAGGAUCGCGCCGCAGCUCGUCAACACUGCGGCAAACAACCUCGUCGCCCUGCACCUGGAAGCCACGAACCUCGAUACCAGCAGCGCGCGCGCGUUUGGAUCCAUUCUGCGCGGCUGCACGGCCCUGCGCAGGCUCAGCCUCGCUCACUUCGACGCCUGGGCAACGUUCAUGGCGGUCCUGACGUCCGGGGCGCAGCUGCCGCUCGAGGUCCUUCGCGUGAGGGAGCACAAGCGCGACAACGAGGCGCUCGAGGUAGCUGCGGAGCUGGUUGCCCGCAGCAAGGCGCUCCUUGAGCUGGACUUGGCCGUCGAACCUGUCAGUGAGGAGUACGAAUGCGUGUAUCGGGUGGUGACGAGGCGGGAGGAGCCCGUGCUGGCGCUGGCGGCGGCAAUCAGGCGUAGCACGCGCCUGCGUCGGCUCGCGAUCGACUACGAAAACCGCUACGCCGCCACGUUCGCCCGCGCCGUCGCGAACAACAAGUCUCUGAAGGAGGUGGCCCUGACGCGGGGUUUUUUGAGCGACGACGAGGACGAGAACGACGACUGGGACCCCCCCGUGGUGUUCGACAAGGUUCUCUCGCGCAACUCGGGGCUCGAGAAGUUCACAGUCGUCGUGGCGCGCUGCGAGAUCAGGGAUCAGGUCCUGCGAGGGCUGGAGGGAAACAACACGCUGCGUGCGCUCGAGAUCGAGGGCAGCUACCUCUACCCGUCGACCUCCCCAUGGGCUGCACAACUCAGCGAAGUCCUGCGUCGAAAUACGUCCCUGAAGUCCCUUGUUUUGAAAGACAUGAUCGAGACUCCAGAGGGCAAGGAUCUGGGCAGGAUGCUCGCGCGCAACAAGGGGCUCGAGGUCCUGCGCGUCGAGAGCAGGAUCUGCGACGGAGCGGUGUGUUUCAACGACGAGGACGCGCAGAGCUUCGCGGAUGGCCUGCGUGCCAAUAGAACACUGCGGCGGCUGCGGGUCGCGGGGGCCCUCACGGCGGGGGGGCUGCGGGCCCUGCGCGACGGCCUGAAGGGCCGCCCCGGGGCGUUCGAGCUCGAGCUCGACCUGACUGCCUCCCCGGACGCGGACGCGAUCAGGGAGCUGCGCGGCACGGGGGCGCGGGUGGUGAUCAAUGUCGUUCACGAUCGCGACGCGCGGGACAGCGAGUAG